UGGUGUGUAGCCUCUUUGACAAGCUAAUUUCUGGCAGUUGUGGGAAUUGGGAGAAGGAAUAGUAGUUUUUUGUUCACCGGGUGGACUUGAGAAAAUCCGUGUGAAAGGGGCCAUUCAUAUUGUUUCAAAGCGUCUCACAUCUCGUCUCCCUCAAAAAGGACAGCAAACCGCGCAAGAAUGCAGUAUUCACCUGGAAUUCAUCCGAUGCAUUCAAUGUACCGUCGAGUUGACCGGUAUGACCAAUUUGAGCGUCGGGGCCCUGAAAGUGGUGGUGGUGGCGGUUUUGCUUUCCGGCAGACGCAGAAAUAUGACGCUAUGAACAAUAAUCAUGGCAAAUACGGGGGAUUUGGGCCGAAGAGAGAUUUUGGGGGUCCAAAGAAUUACGCCAAUGAGGAGUUUAAUAAGUUUCAACCAGGCUUCAAGGGACCCAAUCGCUUGCCGCAAAAACCCUUUUCGAAGUCCCCACCAGCGACGAAGGAAGAUCGUGCCAAGGCGCAGAGUGCUCGCGCAAAAAAUCCAGGGCAAAUGCUUGAGAAGCCCAUAUGGGAGAGUCUACCACCAUUUCCGAAGGAUUUCUAUGUGCCGCAUUCACGGGCAUUGACUAGAACGGAGUCAGAUGUUGCCAACUUUAGGCUCAUGAUGGAAAUCACCGUUGCUGGCAAUCGGGUUCCGCAUCCCAAUCAAAAUUUCGAUGAAGGCGGCUUUCCGGAAUACGUUAUGCGGGAAAUUUCGAAACAAGGAUUCGCUUCACCAACAGCUAUCCAAGCUCAAGGAUGGCCCAUUGCACUUUCAGGCCGUGAUAUGGUGGGAAUAGCGCAAACUGGGAGUGGUAAAACCUUGGCGUACAUGCUCCCAGCAAUCGUACAUAUUGGACAUCAACGGAAGUUGGGACGUGGCGAAGGCCCAAUUGUGCUUGUACUAGCACCAACUCGUGAGCUUGCGCAACAAAUUCAAACCGUCAUCAGUGACUUUGGGAUCCAUAGCGAACCACACAUUCGUAAUACAUGCAUUUUUGGUGGAUCACCAAAGGGGCCGCAAGCACGGGACCUUGAACGUGGAGUUGAAGUUAUUAUUGCUACACCUGGACGACUAAUUGAUUUCUUGGAGCGUGGUGUCACCAAUAUGCGUCGCUGCACUUAUCUCGUCCUUGAUGAAGCCGAUCGUAUGCUUGAUAUGGGUUUUGAACCACAAAUUCGAAAGAUCAUUGAGCAAAUUAGACCAGAUAGACAGGUUCUGAUGUGGAGUGCAACAUGGCCAAAGGAAGUUCAGGCUCUAGCUGAAGAUUUCCUCUGUGACUACAUUCAAAUUAACAUUGGGAGUCUCAAUUUGGCAGCUAAUCACAACAUUCGUCAAAUUGUCGAUGUAUGCCAAGAUAAUGAGAAGGAAUCCCGACUUAGUGGACUUCUGAAAGACAUUGCAAGUGAUCGCAGCAAUAAAAUCAUUGUAUUUGUUGAGACAAAGAAGAAGGUGGACGAUAUUGUUAAGUCCAUUGUCAAGGAAGGUCAUGCUGCAACAGCUAUUCAUGGGGAUAAGUCUCAACCCGAGAGAGACUAUGUCCUUCAAGAAUUUCGAUCUGGAAAAUGUACCAUCUUGGUUGCUACGGACGUAGCUGCCAGAGGAUUGGAUGUUGAGGACGUAAAAUAUGUGGUGAACUAUGACUACCCAAAUUCUUCGGAGGACUAUAUUCAUCGUAUUGGAAGAACAGGUCGUUGCGAUCAAGCCGGUACAGCGUACACUUUCUUUACACCUGCUAAUGCCAGGCAGGCUAGAGAGUUGAUUGCCGUACUUGAGGAAGCACAACAAAAGCCACCACAACCACUUCUUGAGAUGGCUCAACGAUCUAAUUCUGGCAUAAUGAAUAUCAAGGCAAAGCCUCGCUGGCAACAACCCACAUCAUUCCCAAUUCCCGGAAAGAAGCCACAAUUUCAGCGACCCCUCAUGGAACGUCGAGCACCCGAUGGAGGCCCAUCCAUUAAUCAUGUGAAUAAUCAUCAGGGACCACCUAAAAAUAUUGAUGGAUCACCACGUUAUGGUAUGAAGCCACCACCUCCGCGUAUGCAACAGCAACAAAAUGGGAAUUACGUUGAAAAUGGUCCACCGGAGCCACAGCCGAAUUAUCAAAAUUACAAUAGUGGCCCACGUGGGCAAUUUGCCCCAAAAGCAGCUGGACGUGGUGGACGUUUCUAUCAGCAAGGAUGGAAUAAUGGUGGUGGUGUCUUUGUUGGGGGACGCGGAUUUGGUGGGCCACCCAAUCCGGGGCGUUUCUAUCAGCCACAGCAGCAACGUUUCCAAAAUGCUGGACGUUUUGUUGGCUAUGCCCCACGUGGGCGUGCAUUUGAAGAAGGUAACAGCUCAGCUUCCAGCUCCAGCGGGGGUCCCGUUGAAAUGUCCAGACCUGGUGGUGAGAUAUCACCACCAAAUUAUAGGGGUGGUUGUCCGGGAGCUGCUUCGCCGCAAGCUCCAACAUACCCAAUGCCCCCACCGACGCAGCCACCUUUUAUAAUUGAUCCAACUGGAAUCUCCAACAUCAUGACACCUUAUGGUCAAUACCAGAUUGGACCACAAGCAACCCCAUACUAUCCCUAUGCGCCACAAGCAGCUGCUGUCCAGCAGUAAGUGUGGAGAACGAGUGUUUUUUGGUCCCCUUUUCACACGUUUUUCUUCAGCCGCUCACAUUAUAGGGCUCCUUAUUCGUAGUAUAUGUAUGUAGUGGCAACCCUUUAAUCCCAACAUAUAUAUCUUAAAAUAUAUAUAAUUAGAUAAGUUAGUUUCUCAAAUUUAACUGCAGCAGUGGAAAAAAUAAUUAUAUAUUAUUAAAUCAUCCACACACACACACAAUGUUUAGGCAUUAAUGAAAAAUACAUAAUUUUGCUUAGUAAUCUCUUUAGCUAUAUGUACCCUCCAAUCCCAAUUUGUCGAAACUUCAGUACUAUACUAUAUUAUGAUGAAGUUUGAAAAAAAAGUAAUUAUAUUCAUGAAUUAGAAAUAUAUAAUACAUACCUAAUUAACAAAAAAAAUAUGAAUAUUAAUCUAAUGUAAUAAAAAUUAAUGGGAAAGAAGUUUUUAAGGAAUAUGCAAAAUAAGAAAUGAAAUUUUGACUAAUUCAUUUCAUUUUUUUUCUUUUCGUGGAAAUUUAUCAAUAAUAUAAUAAUAAUAAUAAAUUUAUGACUUGUAGGAAAGGCAGAAAAUUACUCGAGUAUAUGGUGUAGCUUCACAUGUUGGUAAUUUAGAAUGGGAAUAUCAGGUAAUUUAUCAUAGUGAUGUGGUGCAUUUACCUAGCUCGAGUUACCUACUUAGGAUCCGGGGCAUAGUCGGGGAGGAAAAAAAUCCGGAAGUUCAAACUUCUCCAUAAAGGUCAAAUGAAAUUAUUUUCAUGCUAAAACUUAUAUUUAAAAAAAUUAAAACGCUAGAAAACGACAAACUUUUAAAAAAAACCGACAGCAUAUAAAAAACUUGAUGGUUUUAAAUAUGGAAUUUUCAAGGUCAUAUAAGAAACGGUCAAGCGUUAAAAAUAGGUAUAUAAAACGUUGAAAAAGACCGUUGAACGAACGUCUAAAGCGUUUGUAAGGAAAUGUUUCAACGUCUCACAACAAAAGAUUUAAAAGACCGUUUUAAAUAAAUUUCUGGCUAUGUCCCUGACCUAAACCGAUAAAUUUUAAACGGUUUAAGCUCUUUCAAAUGCCUAUACAAGUUUAAAAAGAAAAAAAAGAAACAUAAAAUAAUUCUAAAAGAAUUUAUUUUUCUUUAUGAAUUUUUAACUUUUAACCAUUUGGCCCUUAAAGAAAUGAAAGAAAUAAUUAUUCUUUUUGUAAUAGAUUAAUAAAUUUAAGAAAACGAAAGAAUAUUUAUAGAACAAAAAAUUAUAAACUGUAUGAUGUUGAAAUGCACUAAAUGGGAGUUCAUUGAAAUGAUAUGAAUUUUUUUUAAAAGUAAUAUGUACAUAAUACAUAAAAGAAAAAAAAACAUAUCUGACCUAAAUUGUUGGGUAAGCGUAUCCAAUUGAGACGAUUUAUUUCAAUUUAUUUUUUAUACAUUACAUUUUUCCCUAAUUUCCUAUUAAAAUCCUUUCAUUGUUCUUUUGUUUUUAAAGAUUUCCAAGACAGAGUGUUUUGUUUUAGGUUAAUUAAAAUAAUUAUAUUGUAUAAGCAUAAUAUAGUAUUUUUUACCAUUUAAAAAAAAAACAAGAUUUUAAUGUGAAUAAAACCAACAAUUACGGUCAGAAAUGAUUAAGUUCUCAAAUUAAAAAAAAAAUAAUAAAACUGAGAAUGAAACUGAGGGAAUUUAAGAAGAAAAAAAAAUAGAAUAUUAUUUAAAAAGAAAAGAAAUGUUUAAGAACUACCGAUAGCUUAAAAAAAGAAAAACGGAAACAAAGCACAAAAAAGAUAAAAUAUAAUUAUAGAUUUAUAGAUAAUUCUGAAACAAACAAAAUUAUCGGAGCAAAAGAAUUCAUCUCUCGAAUUCAAAGAUAUUUUCUUUUUAAUUUCGUUCUUUUAUGUCAAGUAGAGCAAAGAAGAAUAUUUGAAUGGGGUUUUAAAAAAACAACAAGAACAACAACAAAAUAGUUAACGUACAAAUCUUUUUAUCUCGAAUUAACAGAAUAAGAUGAGGAGAUGAGCGAUGGACCAACAAAUCGCCAUUAUAGAUUAAAAAAAAAAUUCCUUAAAAAAAUGCAACGACUAUAAGGACGCAAGUUAAGGUAUUCGAGCACUUAACCAAAUAAGAAAUUACCUCCAUUUCUUUUUUAAUUACAUCUUUUACUACGUUAUGUUCUUCUGAGAUAGGUAAUAACUAAUAUUUAAAAAGAAAAAUGAACCUUAAUAAAUGGAGAAGCAAAACAAAUGAAGCGAAUCAAUUUUAAUAAAGUAAAAAAAAAGAAAAAUAAUUAUGUAAAACGCGAAGAAAAAAAAAGAUAAAAUUUUGCGUGCAGACAAGUUAUUAGAUAAAUAUCUGUGAUAAUUAUUUUGAUAUUUUAGACGAGCAAAACAACAAGUGGAAAAGAGAGUUAGGUGAGGGAGAAAAGGGUUAAAAAGUGAUGAUAAGGGGUAAAAAGUAAAAAGUAACGCAUGAUGAAUUGUUGAACUUUUUCCUUGUAAUCAAUCAACUCUAUUUAUUACAAUCAACUACAUUAGACGAUAGAUAGCUGAGACUGGAUUAGCUGACGUAACCUUUUAACUAAAGUUUACACAAAUAAUUAAAGAGGGAUUACGUGAGUAACUAUAAAUUUGAAAAUGACAAGAAAAAGAAAUAUAUUUUCUUCUUCUUUUUUUUACAAUAAAUUCUCUAUGGUAGAUAUAUUUUUUAAUUACAAAAAAAAGAAAGUUUUAAAAAGUUGUUACUCACAAAUCUUUUCUCUUGAUCGAAAACUUAUAGUUUAGAGGUUGAAAAAAAAAGUAUCGCGUGUAUGGAAUAGCUAAAACAAAAAAAAACAAAUUGGUAUAUUUAGGAUGAAGAAAUAUAUCGUUAUAAAAAAGGUAUUGUCUAAUUAGCAGUCAUUAAGGUGAUAAGAAACAAAUCGAGACACAAUAAUAUCUAGGAAUUUAAAACAAACAAAAAAAAAACAUCAACAAUGUGCUAGAUUUGUGAAAAUCUUGGCAACUAAUGAGGCUCUUUCUCAUUGGAUUAUUUUGCAUUCAUGGUGUUAUAUAUUUUGGAUCAGGGAAAAAAAUCAAUAUUUCUUACUUAUGAAUUUUCUAUUUUUUCUCACCCUUUAUCCACGGGAUAUAUGUGUCAUUUUCUUCAUAAUUUCAUGUCUUCUCACUCAGAACAAAAGAUCGAAAAUUCAAAAGUGAAAUGAAGAAAAUGGUGUAAUUAUGCCAUAGAAAAAAAAGAGAGAGAAGAAACAGGAAAUAUCGAAAAGAGAGAAGAUGACAGAAAGAAAAAAAAAGACUUUAGGAGGCUAAUUUUUUUUCUCCCUGAGUGGAAAUGGAUAGCACCAUUAUUCAUUCAUUCAUUUUAACAUUUUAUAAAUAAUAAUAUAAAUGAUGGAAAACAUCUUAUUUUAUAUAAUCACGCGUCAUUAUAAAUAUUAUAUAGAUUUUAUGCUGUGCUUCUUUUUCACAUAAAAGAACACAUCCAAAGAUUUUCUAACAUCAUUUCAAAGAAAACAAAAAUGUUUACAUGUACACAUGUAUUAUUAUAUUAUUAUAUAUUACAUGGGUAGUGUAUGAGAGUUAUUGGUUUUGCAAUUUUAAUUUUAAAUUUACGGUCAAAAACUUUUUUUUUGUACAACUUUACAAGAUGGAAAGAUUAAAGAAAAAAUUUCAACACUCAUACACAUCAAUGUAACUUCUUUAAAAAACAAUUACGACUUUUUUUUUUAAAGAAAAAUAUUAAAUAUUUAUUAGAACAAAUAUAUUUAAAAAAAAAACCAAAACUACUUUGUGAAAAAGAAGAAGAAUUGAUUUAUUAUUUUGGAUUAUUUUAAUCUUCUUUUAUGCUACAACAACAAGUUUUUCUUUUUGUUGUUAUUUUGAAGAUAGAUCCAAAAAAUAAAUAAAUUCUUCUUUUCAUGGUAGUACCUACGAUAUAGCUCUUCCAGAUUUUUAAACUUACUGUUAGAAUAAACAUUCCACCGUCUGGAAAAGAUAUUAACAAAGAAAAAGAAAAAAAAUUAACAAAGUCAAUUCAUUUUAUUUAUUUUUAAAAAUAAAAAAUGGGAUAUAAGAUGCCCAGCUAAACCCCACGAAAUGAUGUUAAACAAUAUAAUUCAAUUUUAGAAUGAAAAAAUAAAUGACGAAAAAUGAAGACCGUAUAAAACAAAAGGCUCGUGAUUAUAUUAAAGCAUAAUACAUAAAUGGAUUGGAGAUUCAUUUUGCGCAUAACGCGUGUACACAUAUUCCUAGAAUCAUUUAACUUUAAAAAAAAGAAUGAUUUUAUUUUCACUGAAAUGAUUGAUAAAUACAUAGCUUACCUUCAUAUCAUGCAAAAAAAAACAAUUUUUUUUUCGAAGGAAGAUCAUUUACUUAGGUGAUAAUGCCAAGACAUGGUGAUAUGUUGAGGAAAUUAAACAAACAAAAUGACUGUUAAUGUGGUGAUUGUUAUAAAUGAAUUAACAAUUAUUAAUGAGCAUUGUCAUAGGGAGAAAAAGAAAUAUUUUUUCUAUAUUGAAAAAGGGAAGUUAGUCUUUUUUUUUUUAAAUUUUCUUUUCGACGCGCCAUAACGCGCGCCUUAAAAGUUACUCUGAAGCCAUUUUUUGAAAGUGAAUAAUUUAUUUGAUGAAUACUAUAAGAUAAAAAAAAAAGUACAAACACAGGGAUGGGCGCAUCAACCAAUUAAAGCGUUAAAAAAAGAGGAAAAAAAUCCCUUUUCCACUAUUAUAGUGAACAAAAUAAUUAAUUUAUCACAGGGAUCAACUAAUUAAAGAAAAAUGGGGAAAUAAAAUCAAAAGAAAAAAAUCGUUUGCUAAAUUAAUAAUAAAAAAAAUAUUUAUUAAUUUUUGGGAAAUAAAAGGAAAAAAAACAAAUGAUGAAGGUAAUUUACUGAAACUAAAAAAAAGAGAGAAACAACACAGAAAAUAAUAAAUGAAAAAAUGAGAGAUUAAAAGUAUUUGUAAGUUAGUGAGAAAGUAUUUAAAAAAAAAAUGAGAGAUAAAAAAGGGUUUUCACGCAAACUUUUUAUUAUUAAUAAAUUUUAUUUCGUACAUUAAAAUAUCUCAUCGGACCUAUAAAGUGUUUUAUGAAUCAAAUAUAUUUGUUUAUUCUUCUGUAUAGGAGUUAAUUGAUUCAUAAAUGCUCACAAUGGGGUCCGUAUGGAUCUGUGAAUGAAGGAAGAUGAGAAAGUCUCUGAUAAGCGCAUGUUUCCUAAAGCAAACAUAUUUACAAAAUAAAAAGAACUUUUUUCGUUUAAAAGAAAAAGAAGAAGAGAAAAAUUAUCAAAAAAAUCGAUAAAUUGAGUUUCCAAAGUGCAUUUCUUGUAUGUAAUACAGUAUUUAUAUAUUAAUAAUAAUAUAAAUUAGAAGAGAUGAAUGUAUGAGGCAAUCUCAUAAUUAGCAAGAAAAAAAAGAGAUUGCAGGAGAGACAUUUCAAUAAAAACUUCUUUAGCAAAAAAAAA